GAGCAAUUCACCCACACUCGCAUCAAUUGAUUCAAACAUCCACCCAUCCUCUUCUAUCUCUUCAUACGUCCACGUCUUUGUGGUCUCUACUUUCCCGCCGUACUUGUCUCUCGGGGCAUCCGGCAAUAUACACGCGAGUCGGGCCGACCUCCACCGUGUCGCCCUUUGUACCUUUGUUGAUCCCCCAGGUGCCCAGCCACAUUCGCCAAGCGCUCUGAUCGGCUCGUUCCUAUCAAUCUCCAACCUCCACUCAAACUCAUCUCCCAUUCCAUCCCACUCCAUCAUUUCCUCCAUCCACGCAUCCCGCCCCCUCGCCAUGUCGCGCGCACGCGUGCUCAGCGGAAGGGCAUCCGUCGAGAGUGAGCAGGCCAUGACCGAGGCGUGGCACCGCUUCAUCGACACGCUGCGCGGCAUGGAGCGGAAAGAUGCGAGUGGGGACGAACGGCGCGCCGCGCAGUCGCAGACGGCGCAGCUCGAGACCGCGAUCGACCAGAUCACGACACUGAUCGAGCUGCGGCGCGCAGCCAACGGCGGCGAGACGCCCCGCGCCUCGCCGCCCGGCGACGGCCUCAUGACUCCGCCCUCGGGGAUGAAGCGCAAGCGGCGCCCGAGCGUGGCCUCGGCGUCGCCCGCGCCCGCGACACAGGGCUCCGAGCUCUCCUCCCUCCCCUCACCCCAAGUGCGGGCCGGUACACCUGCGCGCGACCCCAAGCGCGCCCGGACCGAGAUGGACCAGCCGCUGCGGCCCGGCCGCAAGAUCGUCGUCAAGCAAAAGUCGGGUGCGCACGGCGGCAAGGGCAAGGAGGAGGAGGACGAGUGGAUCCUGGGGAUCGUGCGCAAGGCCGUCGGCGACAAACGCUACGAGGUCCAGGACGCCGACGACACCAGCUUGCGCUGGACCGCGCGGCUGCGCGACAUCCUCCUCCUUCCCGACCCGGACGCGCCUACCUCCAGCCCUUCGCACCCCAGUAACCUCGAGGACUUCCCGCGCGGCACACAGGUGCUCGCGCUCUACCCCGAGACGACGAGUUUCUACCGCGCCACCGUCGUGUCCCCGCCCAUUCCCGGCACGGGGAUGGGGCGUACUGCGCGCGGCGCACGGCCCGACGCCGGCGCCAAGGCCGGGCAGUACCGCCUCGCAUUCGUCGACGACGGCGACAGCGUUCUGGAUGUGGACAAGGGAUUCGUAAUCAUGCACCCUGGUGACCGGUAGAGGAACCCUUCAGCGGGUUUUAAUGCGCCGCGCGGGCUUUCAGGCGGCAGACGCAGCGGCAGAGUGGUAGUCAGUGCGGGAGAUUGGCUUGUAUGAUGGAUUGUAUGCACAUGCAUGGAUAGCGGCG